GUUUGCAAAGCAACAGCAUACCACUUUUUGUAGCAGAAGUUUUGUUAAAAGAGCAGGAGAAGCAGCCAAAAGAACAAUGAAUAUACUCUCAGUUGCACGUAGGUCAUUGAAUUUUGUUUCGAUAAAUCAGUUUCGUCAGACACAUUUGCUCAGAAGACUUUCUACAUGGCAGUUUACUGGGGCAAAUCGAUGUGCUGUAUGAAGGAAGAAGGAAUAGAAGUGAAAUUAAAGAAAAUCUCUGGACAUUUCAAUUUAUAAUAUGCUCAGCUGAGAACUUCAUGCUUGCUUCCUUUAUUACAAGGGUAGUAUUAUUUUUGUUGCAAAUCUUUGGGGUAAAUACAAUGCUAUUCCUAAUGUUUUUUCCGUCCUAUUUGCGUCCCAAACAUUUUAAAAGUGACUUUAACUUUCCCACUUAAGUCCACCAAAAAUCAAUAAAGGAGGGUGUAUAUCCUUUCAAAUUGUCGUUUUUUUAGGAAUUUAGCAAAGAACCUGUUCUUACAUAGACAUGGGAACACAAUGACGAUGGGGAAUGGGGAAGAGGACAACAAUAUCCUCGAUUGUUGGAACCAAAAUGUUAGGAACAACAUUAAUGCAUACCCUCAAUGUUUGGAACCAAGAUGAUAAUUUGCCCUUAUACAACAUCUCUAGAUGUUCAAUUUCUUUCUCAGAUUUAUUUACUUAUCUUUGUGAAACCCUUACCGGAGGUUCAAGCAGAUAAUGGCACUGUUAAUCAGCAAACUAAUAAGUUAGAGACUCCCGAGGAGUUUGAGGGGCGGAUUUUUGGUGAUAAUCCUGGGAGAAGUUCCUCAGUUGAUUCCUUUUUUGAAAAGGUUUCUCGUUGGGGAAAGGCUCAAGAUAGAGCUAAAGGUGACAACUCAUGGUUGGAUGAUCUAGAAGAAAGUUUUGACACAUUAUCUGAUGGAAUGGAUGGAAAACUGAAGAAUGCGGCACGAUACUUUGAAUAUGAUUCAGAUGAAGUCGAAGAAGAAGACUAUUCUUUUCGACAUGAUGCCACCUUUUGGCCUUACACAACAUAUGAAUUAAGGGAUCUUGACUUUACAAAACCUGGCGUACGCAAACCCAAACCGAGGGAUGAAUUCCAAAUAACCACGAAAGAAGUUCUUAGUCAGGCAGAUUUCAGGAAUGUUAGUUUCCUAGCAAACUUCAUAACAGAGGCAGGAAUAAUUAUUAAGAGAAGCAAGACUGGCAUUAGUGCAAAGGCUCAAAGGAAGGUUGCUAGAGAGAUUAAAACUGCUCGUGCUUUUGGCUUGAUGCCUUUUACAACAAUGGGUACAAAGGCAUUUAUUUCUGGGAGAACCAUGGAGAAUGUUGAUGAUGACUUUGCAUAUGAGACUUUUGGUAGAAAAAUGCAUGCAGAUCCUGCUAUGGAAGAUGACUACUCACGAGAGCGUAGAUAGAGCUAGAGCUUUGAUUACUAAGGUGUACGCGUAGUUUAUGCUAGUAUAAAUCUUGAAGCUGCAUGGUGUUAUUUCCUUGUAGUUGAUGUUCUCAAGUAUCAUCAUACCGCCCGGGUUGGAAGCGUAGAAGUUUAUCCUUUAUGCAGAUUUCUUUCAAUGUAUACUGGAUAAAUAAGCCCUACUUAAAUUUAUUAUACGACAUUAAGUUUUCAAAAAAUAUCAUUAUAAGAGAAAUUAGUUUUGCUUUGAAACGCUACGUUUUUUUUUUUUGACUGAUCACAAAAUAACCUUGUCCCCAUGAUUUUGAAAACUGGUCGGUCGAAUGGAAAAUCGAUGACUUAAGUGGUUCGGUUUAUAAAGGAAAUCGUCCAAUUGUAAAAUUGGAAUUGAACCGGUGAAUCAGACGAGAAUCACCAUUACUUCUACUGCCAAUAUUGGCUUUUGAGGAACUCAUUAGGCAUGAACUUGUGUCCUCUUGAUAUUUGGGCUUUGUUUGAUUG